AUGAGGCCUCCAAUUGCUCUUGUGGUCGUAACCGUCGUCGUUGUCGUGUUGUCCGGUAUCGACGCGACCGUGGAAACAACCUGCAAGGCGGCGGCCGACGAGGACACGCAUGUGAACUACGUCUUUUACGUGUCGGAGUUGAGAAAGCACCACCGGAGCUACAACGCGGACACAUGGGGCCUGGCCAAGGUAGCGGCCAAUAUGGGCGUCAACAACGCCUAUGGCGCCAUCCAUGACAUUGAGGGCCUACUAGUGAAGCCAAACAUGGAUGCCAAGAUGAAGGUGGUUCUUGAAAAAUGCCAGGAGUUGUACAACAAGAUGAAGUUUGCGCUUGCGGGAGCCUACGACGAGAUCAACAGUCGAAAUUACGCCAUACGGAAGGAGGAGGUAGCAAAGGCCGUCUCCCUGGCGCACGAGUGCGACGAUGCCUUUAUGAAGGCCGCCGUCCCAUCGCCUCUCAACCAACAUAGCUUCUACUCCGAGCAGAUAGUGAUAGUCUGUACGGCCAUCACCAACUUUAUCAAGUGA